CGCUACCGGCGUGAGACGAGGCUCACACCAAUCUAGUUCCUUCCUCUCGUCACCCACCGUGUCUCGCGCCCGGCGAUCCCCUUCCCAGGGUCCUUUGCGCCGUGAAGAAGCGGCUUCUGUGGGCUGGGGGCAUUUUGUGUCGGCUGUAGCCGGAGGAACAAGAUGGCGGCGUCGGCCGAGUGACCGUGGUCCUAGCGGGCGGGACCCGGCGGCGGCGCUGGCAGCAGUUGGGCCACCCCGACUUACUGCGCCUUCUUCGACUCAGGACGUCGCCCUGAACCCGCGGGGGAUCUUUUAACGGGGGAGGGGGCACUCGGGAGAAGCAGCCCGGCCUGGAACCACGACCCUCCUGGGAGCCUGAGGAGGGAGAAGCCGGAACUCCGCGCGUCGGCAGAAGCGACAGGCUCCCACGGGGCGCCUCAACGUCUUCUUAACCCGGGGAAAGGGCCUCUUUUAUUUAUUUAUUGGGGAAAAAAUAUUGAGUGCCACCAUCUCCGGUCCCAGGAAGCUCGCGCCUGGUGGGUGAGACCCGCCCGGUCCUCGUCCUUCCCCCUUGGCCCCGGGACCCCCAAGGUCCCCGUCUUCCCUUUCCCGCCGCCAGGAUGGCGAGCAGCAGCGGCUCCAAGGCCGAAUUCAUUGUCGGAGGGAAAUAUAAACUGGUGCGGAAGAUCGGGUCCGGCUCCUUUGGGGACAUCUAUCUGGCCAUCAACGUCACCAACGGAGAGGAAGUGGCAGUGAAGCUAGAAUCUCAGAAGGCCAGGCAUCCCCAGUUGCUGUACGAGAGCAAACUCUAUAAGAUUCUUCAAGGUGGGGUUGGCAUUCCCCACAUACGGUGGUAUGGUCAAGAAAAAGACUAUAAUGUUCUAGUCAUGGAUCUUCUUGGACCGAGUCUUGAAGACCUCUUCAAUUUCUGUUCCCGCAGGUUCACUAUGAAAACAGUACUUAUGUUAGCUGACCAGAUGAUCAGUAGAAUUGAAUUUGUGCAUACAAAGAAUUUUAUACACAGAGACAUUAAACCAGAUAAUUUCCUAAUGGGUAUUGGGCGUCACUGUAAUAAGUGUUUAGAAUCUCCAGUGGGGAAGAGGAAAAGAAGCAUGACUGUUAGUACUUCUCAGGACCCAUCUUUCUCAGGAUUAAACCAGUUAUUCCUUAUUGACUUUGGUUUGGCCAAAAAGUACAGAGACAACAGAACAAGACAACAUAUACCAUACAGAGAAGAUAAAAAUCUCACUGGCACUGCCCGGUAUGCCAGCAUCAAUGCACACCUUGGCAUCGAGCAGAGUCGUCGUGAUGAUAUGGAGUCUCUAGGAUAUGUGUUGAUGUAUUUUAAUAGGACCAGCCUGCCCUGGCAAGGAUUAAAGGCUGCAACAAAAAAACAAAAGUAUGAAAAGAUUAGUGAAAAGAAGAUGUCCACUCCUGUUGAAGUUUUAUGUAAGGGGUUUCCAGCAGAAUUUGCCAUGUAUCUAAACUAUUGUCGUGGACUACGCUUUGAAGAAGCACCAGAUUAUAUGUAUCUGAGGCAACUAUUUCGUAUUCUUUUCAGGACUCUGAAUCACCAGUAUGACUACACAUUUGAUUGGACAAUGUUAAAGCAGAAAGCAGCCCAGCAGGCAGCCUCUUCCAGUGGGCAGGGUCAGCAGGCCCAAACCCCCACAGGCAAGCAAACUGACAAAACCAAGAGUAACAUGAAAGGUUUCUAAACAUGAAGAGGAACAGAUGAAGCAGAGCAGAUGAUCAGAGCAGGACUUGUUACUCCCCAAAUCUAGAAAUUUUAGUUCAUAUGUACACGUACCAGUGGUUGUGGGCAACCAUUUACUUGGUGUAAAGAACUUAAUUUCAGUAUAAACUGGCUCUGGUCAGCUUUGGUGAUGCUGCAUCCUGAGUUGUAGCCGCUGUAAUUGUGAAUAUUAACUGAGAUAGUGAAACAUGGUGUCCAGUUUUCUAUUGCAUUUUUUCAAGUGGAAAAGUUAACUAAAUGGUUGACACACAAGUGGUGGAGAAAUUGUGCAUAUGCCAAUUUUUUGUUACCUUUUAUUUUGAACUACACUGCUUUGAGAUCGUUUCAGAAGAACGGCAUGAACAGUUUUCAACUACAGUUGUGAUAAUUGUAAAUGUUCACAAUUGUGCACUCUUAGGGUUUUUUUCCUUCCUAGGGUUUGAAAGUUGUAAACUUACACAUUCUUAAAAUUGUUGGCUUCUGUGUGCAAAUCAGCUGACAUGGUAGCAACCAAAGAUUCCAGUUUUUAAGCAUAUGAAAGACUCUGCCUGCUUAACUGUGCUAGAAUUAACAGCAUCUAAAAGUGAAGACUUAAGAAAAACUUAGUGACUACUAGAUUAUCUUUAGGACUCUGCAUUAACUCUAUAAUGUUCUUGGUAUAAAAAAGAAAAACAACAUAUUCGUCACAGAAAUUUAGUUAACAUCUUACAACUAAACCUGUAUGUAAGUUGCUUAGAUCAAUGUAAUCACUGUAAACAUCUAUAUGACCUGGGAUUUUGUUUUUAUUUUGAAAUGGGAGCUUUUUUUGUUUACAAGUUCAUUAAAAACUAAAAAAAUGUUUCUGUAAAAAAAAAAUUUUUUUUUAAAGAAAUGCCUUGCUAAUUCAUUUAUAGAAUCAACAUCUCCCCAGUUUUUUUAAUAGACUACUUGACGGCCAUUGUUAAAUAAGUCAUAUUCUUUUGCAAAUCAUUUUAGAUUUAGUGUUGUACCUCUUCCUCUUUUUUUUAAAAAAAUAAAUUUUGUAUUUUUUUUCCUCAAGGGAGAAGGCAUUCUUGACUUUUUUUUUUUUUUUUAAGUUCUUGCAUCAAUGCCUAGUAGUGCAACUGCAGGACUGGUGUUGGUAGCUCUAGUGUUGCCAUUGACUAAACAGCUGGACUGAUUUGUGUUGUUCCUUUUGAAAAUAAGAAUGGAAGUGUUAAAGGGUUUGCAAACGAAGGAGAUUUUCUUUCAAAUUCUUGUGAAGUGGCUAUGACCAGAUUGUUUAUUGUGUUAGAUUGCCUCACACUGUGGUGUUCUCAUGAUUACUAUCCCCAGCCCUCCAAGGCAGCCUGUGUGAGUGCUUUUUCCAGCUUAUUUGUAAAUUUUCUUUCUCUUUAUCUCUGACCCAGUGGAAAGAAAAAAAAUUGAUUGCUGGUAAUCCUUUAAACAGUGUAAUUUAUUCAUUUAUAGCAUGUCAGAAUAAAUUAAAAAAAAAAACAUUGUCUGAAAAUGCUACCAGAUGCCUAUGUGUAAAUGUGGUGUUUUGUACAUUAACUUUAAGACUGUAAAUUUACCGACGUUAAGGUUUAGUUUUGUGCCCUUUAAUUCCAAUUUAGUUUUUUUUUUUAAUUUGAAAACUGCCUUAGCAAUAAUUUCAUGAUUGCCACAUUCAGCCAUUAAGGUGGUAUGUGUGUAUAUGCAUAUACAUACAUAUAUAUGUAUAUAUAUGUGUGUGUAUAUAUAUAUAUAUAUAUAUUAGACUUCAAUACUGCAAGCAUCUUAAUAAAUGAGCUCUUGGGGGUAGUCAGCUUAUUGUAAUGAUUCUUUUUUCCCCUAGCCUUUCUAGCUUGUUACGGUGUUAGUUGCUUUAUUAAUAAACCCUUUUUUGGUACUUUAGCUAGAAAUUGGACUCAUAAAGCUAUUUUAAAGUAUGGUUUGUGUAAAAGAAAAGAAAGAAAAAGUUUUGGCUUGGUUAAUGAUUUUACCAAGUUGAGCUUCCUCUGGCAAAUAUUUUCCAGUGCUUUUAUUUACUAUGCACUUAGACUAUGCACUUUUUCUGAAAUAUUUUUGUAACACUUAAACCUUUUUGUAUUUUUGCCAUUUGAAAAGGUUGUGGUGUAGUCCGUUUGUAAUUAAGUUACAGAUUUGACUGUUUAGCUUUGUAAAUCCAAAUGUAGGUAUUUGUCCUGAGUGUAUUGUCAUUCCAUCUGCAGCUGGAGCUGGAAUCCCAUUCAUCUUCUAGCUACCAUUCCUUUUCUUCAUAGUUUGACAAAAGAAGAAUUUGAAAUUCAGUGAAUGCACUAACAGAUGCUGACUGGAGAGGAAUCUCAUUUGAACAAAAUGUAAAUUACGCUUUUCCACUAAAAUGAUGGUACAAGUUGAAGACAAGACACUCUGAAAUUGGACAACCUGACCACUUUUGGCUCCACAGUGGCUUACUCAGCUGAACUCUAGGUUAUUUCUACUUUGUUCACCCAUUGGAGGUGCUGUUUAAAAAAUGUUGGGAGAUGGCCAUUCUAACUAUUGUUUGAAUGUCUCUGUUUUGGGAAGAAAUAACAAGCAAAUAAAAGUGGAGGGAGAGACUGGUUAUCUCUUCCCCAUAUUAUUGUGGA